AUGGAAAAAUAUCAAUUUAGUAGCAAAUUUGUGGGCGAGACGAGUACCGAUUGGACCUAUGUUUCCGAAUGUGAGUUAUGACGUGGCAAACAGUUCUUAUAGGGGUUUACAUAGAAUUUGAGCUAGGAAGUUAGUUUUUUUGAGAGAUUUCAAAAAAAAAACCUGAAAUUAAUUUCAGACCUCUUUUCGAUUCUCGCAAUUUGCAUGGCAUUUCUCAUAGUUUAUUUAAACUACAAAGAUUCGGGUGAACUCUCAUCAAAACGUUAUAAAAAUACAAAAUUUGUUGUUUGGCAUCUGGAAGAGGAGAUAAGAAAAGCGAGGGAAAAGAAGAAUUUGCGACGAAUGGACAGAAAAAAAGGACGAAGAGAUGCGACUGAUAAUUCGCAUAGAAAAUCGAGAAGAAGUAAAGAGAAAGCAUAA